AACAUUCUCUGUAAAGGAUACAUGCAGUGGCUUCUUUGUAGACCACAAUUUUUUGAAGAUAGAAGGCACCAUGAAAUUUGUGUGAUGAGGGUAAAUAGUUCAUCAUCGAUCUUUACUUAUGCAACAGUGCUCAUCUUGUCAUCAUGUCUUUUUGGACUUGCUGCCAGUGAUGUCUUCUGUAUGAACAAACCAGACGGUGUCUAUGGGGACCCCAGUCACUCGAGCACUAUCAUUUUUUGCCGAAAUGGAGAAUCCAUCCUUUCUAAAUGCCCUUCAGGUCUGGUCUUCAAUAGAGAACUGAUUGAGUGUGACUACCCAUCUGCAACCACUGCUGGCACAGGAGGGAGCACUGAGAAUCAAAAUUUCUGCCACUCCAAACCUGAUGGUAACUAUGCAAAUGCCAGUGACCCACACAGUUUCAUUGUAUGUGUUAAUGGGAACAGCUUCUCAUUUACCUGCCCUCAAGGUCUGGUCUACAAUCAACAAAAAAAUCAGUGUGAUCACCCAAACUUAACAACUACUGACACCGUAGCAACUGCUACCACUACUAUCAAAUCAUCCGCAACUGGCAGUGCAUCAUCAUCAUCACCUGCUUCAGUUGCAGUCCCUUCAUUGUCAUCAGGAUAUACUUCUUCAACUUUGCAAUCCAGUUUUGACAGUACGGUAACCUCAGCUAUAACAUCCAGUAUAACUAUAUCAAGUACAUUUUCACUGUCUUCUUCCAGUUCAUUUACUGUAACACCAACAUCGAUACGUUCAGGGAUGACUUCUGAUUUAACAGCUUCGAAUGUUUCUAGUACUUUGGCAACUUCUUCACUGUUAAGUACAGAAAACAGAAAAAACACCUCAUUGCCAACAACUGUUUUGUCAUCUUCAUCGGCCCACAAUGAUCAACAAAAUGGUACAUCACCAAGUACAACUUCAUCACCUAAUUCUGCUUUCAGUGCUCCAGUUUCAUUUUCUGAUUCCCCAACUUUGCUCUCAUCACCAACAACCCAAAUCCCCAGUCCCUCUCCUACUUCCAGUUCAAAGCAUGAAACCACAACAUCUGCAACCUCUGAAUUUACAACUACCCGUUUGUUCAUGACUUCAUCAUCAUCAUCAUCACCAUCAUCGUCAAAUGACAUUGCAACAUCUUCCUCUAAUUUUAAUCUUGAAACAGGAACAACUACUACUUCAAUGACAAAAGCUACAUCUGCAUUAAAAAAUCCUGCAGAAGAACAGAUGCUACAGCUAGGUGUCUCAGCAACAGGUGGUAAGAGUCAUCAGUCAGUGCCUUCCUGGGCUAUUGCACUUAUGGUUGUUGGAGUCUCUCUGAUAAUACUUCUGCCAUUAUUUGCCUUGUUGCUUGGCUGCUUAAUCAGAAGAGUCAGUCUCCGGGAUUCCUUAAGUUUAUAUCAUGAUCUUGCUACAAGUGUCUAAUUGUUUUUCCUGGAAUUUCUUGGACCUGUGGACUGAGAGAUUAGAAGGUGACACCUCAGAACCGACCUUCAGGCUGUGUGUGAUUGCCUCACUGGUACCUGACUGUGCAAAAUUUAUCUCUUAUCAAGAAUUACUUUUGCUUUCUUUUCUGAAAUAUUUACUGAAACCUUUAUUUUUUCUAUAUAAUUAUGAUAUUUUAUUUGGUUAAUUAUGCUCAUUAUUAUUUGAACUUAUGUUUAAUUAUAUAACUCUAUUUUUAUAAAUCAACAGAAAAUUCAAAAUGCCUUUUACCCAAUAAAAUCAUGUUAAAAGUUCCAAAAGUCUAAAUUAGUUUAAUUAUACAGCAUUUGUAAGUGACUUUGCAAAUUAGAAAAAUUAAUUUAAUUUCAUAUAAAUAAUAAUUUGUAAUAAAAACAUUGACUAUUUUAUUCAUUAUACUGUACUUGCUAACAGAGUUUACUU